GACAGUUAGUUUUCGAAGCGCGAAUUGAUAUAAAAUUCGAACGUAUAAAAAUUAAAAUCUAUGCUACAAGUUGUCUGUGGUGAUAACAAAUGGAGGGAACGCAUGCAACGAGAAACUCGUGUACCGAGACAAAUUGGAAAAAGCAAUUACGUGCUCGAGACAGCUCGUGUAUUUAUCGGAGACAGCUGUCGCGUUGCAUAAAUAGAACAACGGGAAGCAACGCGAGAUUAGGAGGAAUCAUUCGUGCGACCGUAGUUUGUAAGAAUUGGUAAACGUUAUCAGUUUGCUUCCGUAAGCUCACUGAAAAAAAGAUUCGCAAUUAAAUCGAAUCGUGGAUAAAAACCCCUGUGGCUCGGGGGGAGUAGAAUACGGCCACGGUAUCCCCUGCCUGUCGUAAGAGGCGACUAAAAGGGGACACACCCACACAAUUGUAAAAGUAUGGCGAAGAAACAGAUGUAAAUUGUAAAGCGAAUUGGAAUUAAUGUAAAAUUUGAAAGAUGCGCGGGUAAAGUUGGCAAGAGUUCAACAUGCGCGUGGCCGAUAGAGUUCAUUGGGCGAUAAAGGGCUCGGAAACGGUCCCUGGAAAACGCCACCCUUGCGGGCUCCGCGGGAAAAAAACGAAUGAAAUCGUAGAUAAAACUUAUCGAAAUCUAUUUAAUGCUUCGAAAGUUUCUACGGUUAUGAAAGAUAGAGCAGAACAGAGAGACAAAGCGAACGCGCAAAGGAUACCGUAAAAAUGCUUUAUACCAUAAUAAGAAGAUACGUAAUAGCGUUGAGUACUAAUGAAAUUACGUAGGUAAUCGCGAUGGGUUUCUCGAGAGACAGAACGUUUCCUUCUCUCGGAAGAAGAUGUAUCGUCGCUUUCGAUUCGCAAUCGUAGCCGUACUGUGGUGGACGAUCGUGAGGAAGGGGGAAAGCAACGUGGUGAGAAACGAGGAUAUCUGCGGUGUCCAAAACGGUCGUCGAUUGUAUCUGGAACUGGGUGAAAAGGGAAUUUUGUACGCAAAGAACGUGUCGUUCGCGAGAAACGAACCGCGGCAAGAUGGUUCGCGGGUGUACGCGAGCAAUAGCUCUCACGCUCAGUGCAGUCUCGAACUGGUAACAUGUCCGUCAUGCGUGAUAAUCGUCACGUUCGAAAGCAUAUCGUUGUCGCAUCAUUGCGGCGACGGUAGCGUUACGAUAGACAGCCCGUGCAGAUGCGACUAUGUAUGGAUAUCGGAACCGCCGUACGAGGACGUAUCCGGAACACCGUUUUGCGGUCUCUACGCGCCAAUUACCUACAGAUCGAGCACGAGGACGUUGUCGAUCACCCUGCUUUACAGUCAGUCGCACAAGCACGCGUUCACGCUCGAGUACACGGCGGAAAGAAACAGAUUGCAUCUAAGGGGUACUCAAUUGACGGCAUCCGGUCAAGCGGCUAAGGGACUGAACAAUACCGGCGGCGGUAUUUUAACUUCUCCGUUCUUCCCCGUUCGUUAUCCUCGCGAUUUGGGUCUCGAGUACGUGGUCACGUGCCCGAACGAAGCUCCGUCUUGUCGCAUCAGGCUGUUGUUUAGCGAUUUUCAAUUGGCCACCGUCUCCAUAAUGGAGUUUUACGAUUGGAACGGCCAACGACUGGACGUGAGCAGCGGCGCGAGGUUUCGUCCACCGGUAAUAAUGAGCUCUGGCCCGUCGUUAUUGAUACGGUUCUACGCAAACGGUGGCACCGGUUUGGGUUACAAAGCAUUCUACUCAUUCGUGAUCGGUCAUCCUUUGGAUAAGUCGGUGCAACCGAUAACCGACUGCGGUGGUUACGUGGAGAAUCUCGGCGGAGCGAUCACCAUGAUGGACAUGGUCGGCGAAGGGGUGAAAACGUACGAUUGCGUUUGGCUGAUACGACCGCCGAAGAACUUUCUGCAUAUGAAGACGCAUAUGUACCUAAAGGUCGUCACUUUCACGGACAUGGCCGGGAAUACGGAGCUGGUGGUGAAGCAAGGACCGACCUCGGCUCUUCUACCCCUCGAGAUCCUGAGACACCCUGCGAGUCAGAUACAACCGCCGGGACACAGAGAACACAUCGCUCCUGUUUCCAGUGGAUUUCACGUUAGUCUUCGAGGAACGUUUGGCCCGUCCUCCCACUUGGCGAUCGCGUACGCGGCCUUUAGUUACAUGGAUUGCUUCGCGGGUUCCGAGUUUCUUUGCCGGAACCACAGAUGCAUACCGAAUGAAUUGAACUGUGACGGGUUCGAUCACUGCGGCGACAACAGCGACGAACCGGCGACUUGUUUUCGAGACUGGGAGGUGGAACCGCAGGAUCGAAAGUGGCACUCGAACAAGGCAAAUUAUUAUUUCCCGAAGAUCGAUCGGUAUCCGGAUUUGAAGACCGCCACCUUGGUAUUCGUUGCGAGUAGCCUCGGUCUGAUCGUGCUGAUUUCGGCCCUGAUCAUCCUGUUGUACCGAAUAGGCGCGAGGGCGAGACAGCAGAGAGAAUUACAGUCGAGGUUGCAAACGAUCAGCGAGCUGCUAGUGUUCGAUAUUGCAGACGGAGCGCGAAUCGACGAGAUCUCCGUAUCGGACGACCCACCCGUUUACGAGGCUCCUCCUGGUUACGACGAGGUGGUCAAAUUCGGCCUCGACUCGGAGAUGAUCGCGCGGAAAAAGAGGAGAGCCUUUACUCGAGAGACCCGCGGACGAAACUCGCCGGGUCGCAGCUGCUCGUUGGACGUUGGGCGAUCUUUCGCGUGUCCUGUCAGCGAGACGGCCGGCACCAGUCACGGGAGUAUCGCUGCGACGAGGAAUCGAGAGGCUUGUUUGCCGGAGAGUCCACCGCCUCCGUACGUCACUCCACCGGGAUCGAUGUCGCGCAAUUUCAGCGCGUCUAGUUUCGCGGCUGUUUUAAGUACCAUCACCACCACCACCACUAACAACAACAACAGCCCCGAGGGAGAAGAACGAGUAGAAGGAGGAAAAGAAGAGGAUGAAGAGAGGAGAUCCCGACAAGAGUGGUUUCGUCGAGGCGGACAGUCGUCGUCGUCGAUGUCCGGAUGCAGCGAGGCAGCAGUUAGGACCGCGGAACUUCUCGGCCGAGGCUCGUUCUCGAUCGACGGCGAACUUGUCGGUGCGUAUCCGCGGAAUCGAGACGCUUCGAGCUCGAACCGAACAGGCGAUGCCUCCUGUGAUUCGCAGCCGAAGACGUUGCGCGUUGCUUCGACAGACACCGAGCAGACUUGCGACGAGCGAGAAGACGAAGACAGGGCGACGCGCGAACAACAUGUCGGACCUUCAACUCUCGAACCAAUCGCAGGCCCGGUCGAGUCACGAACCGAUCCAACGGCCGAGCAAAUCGCCGAGGGCGGCGUUGACUCGUACGACACCGUUCCAACGACGACGACGACGACGACGACGACGACGACGAGGACCAUUCGUUCCGGAUGUUCCUGCGAGGGAGCAUGUGGGUGUGCAACCGAGGCGCGUGUUACCACGCCUGUUCGACCGGUUCGUCGGCUGUUUGCCGAACGAAACGUAGCGGAAGAGGAACAUCGGCGAGAAAACUACCGGAACAUCGAGGAACGAGAAGUGCGAGCGGAGGAAACGGAAGAGGAGGAGAGCUGUUCUCGAUCGAGAAGCGCGAUCAUCAGGCUACUCGGGGGUAAAGCAGGCCGAUGGCAAAGCGGAAGCGGUUCCCCGACAGUUGCGUCCACAGCAUCAUCGACGCCUUGCGGCGGUACGCUCCGAAGAUCCGCGAGUAGAUUUCCGGUUUGUUCUCGCGACAAUUACAUCGGCAGAAUGUCUACGAUCGGUUCGACUAGCAGUUACGAGAAGCUGAGUAACCGCGAGUUCGACGUCGAGUUCGAAUUAGGCCGCGAACGUGGGAGCAUGCGCGCUUCCGACCCGGCCGCGGUCGGUUCGAAUCGUUGCGAUCAACGACGACGGGGACGACGAUACUCGAGCUGCGAUCUAGACAGCCUCUGCGAGGGGAUCAAAGCUUUGGACGGAUUUCUGGCGCGAAGAGGUCUGACGAUGACUCACGGCCGCAAGCAAUCGGUCACGGUAAUGUUGUUUGGCACACCGGAUCACGGGACGAUCCGUCGACGAGCAGCCGGCGAGGCGGAAACCGGUCGCCAGAUCGGUCGCGUGUCCCGCUUCAGCCUGGACGCUGUUUCAAACUGAUCGGAGGAGUAUCGGAGGUGUAUCGAGAGGGUAAAAAUCAAUGUAACCAGUUUCUUUGUUUAAACCACGAUUUAUUUGUUGUACAAACGGCGUUCGAUCCGUUUUCAUUUCGUUGCGUGUCUUUUCGUGUAAAACAAUUGCGUUGAAGAGAGGUAGUAAAAUAUACACAUAUACAUGUA